UAAAUAACUGUUACAUUACAAAAAUGCUGUGUUUAUAGUUAAAAUUAAAUAUUUCUGUGAAGAUGAUAAUUGCGCAGUAUUUUACUGUCAUUCAAUGUUCAUGCUACAUGUAUAUUCCUCUCGAGGAGUGGGUAAUUUAUGUAAAGAUGUGUGUGUGUGUGUGUGAAUGACAGAGUUUAUUUACAGGUCAUCGCUGCGUCUUCACGACUACCUUAUGUGCUGACCUGAAUCAUUAUAAACAUAUUUAUUAACUUUUGGUUUUUAUAUUUGUUGCCUUUUAUUUAAAAUGUUAAUGGUCUGUGAACAUCGAAAUAAUCGACUGUGUUGAUAGUGUCAAACUUCCAUCUUGAAAAUAAGGUUCUUCUUGAGUAGUGGAUUCGGAUUGGCUGUUCCAAUCUUAAGUUUUGCAUGCUUCAAACUUAAAACUGACAUUAAUGGGGAGGUUUAUUUAUUGUGAAAAAAUGUCAACAGUCAAUAAAGCAUGAAAAUACUCAUAAUUAAACGAUUUUGUGUAAAAACAUAGAAACACUACAUGUAUAUGAACAAUACAUAAAAGAGUAAAUAUUUUAUCUAACAUGUAUUUGAUAAAAACAUGUUCAUUUUUGAUCAGCAAAACAAUUGUGACUGUGUCAAAACUUUUUCCCAUAACAAAUCAUCUCAUGUGUGAACAUUCUAUCAAGUGAUUUCACGUGAUCUCCAUAACCAUGACUCAAAAAGGAUCCAUGACUCAACAAGAACAUACCAUAUCAGGAUUUAAGAAAGUUGUGUUGGCUGUGCUGAUUAUGUGUAAUGUGUUUCUUCAAAAGCCUUACUAAUUGAUCAUCAGCACAUGAUAACAGUGGUCAACAAUGGGAACAUACAGCAUUGAGCUGGACGUCACUCUGGAGCAAGAGGCGGCCAUCAAGCAGUUGUUCACAAGCAAACACUGGACAUACAUUCGCCGGGGAGUAGAUGGUGACACUGGCACUACUCACUUGAACGCAGAGCUUUAUGAAAAUCAGCUUCAACUGAAAGGAAAUAGUCAGGUAGACAUUGCUCCCCCAAAGGUAGACAUUGCUCCCCCAAAGGUAGACAUUGCUCCCCCAAAGGUAGACAUUGCUCCCCAAAAGGUUAAACCAUUAAAAAACAGGGAAGAAAAAUUUGCAUUUGGUGAAUAUAGAGACAAGAAAAAUGCAUCAAGAGAAAAACAACCUACAACAGAUCAGAAAAAUAACAUAACAAAGACCAAUAAUGCAGAUGAAAAGCUUUGUCAAAAUGGUGCUAUUUCUACAGUGAAGGUUCAGAGCCGUCAAAAUACUGGACAUUUAUCAUACAUUGGUUCAGUGCCGUACUUCUCCCAUCCUGCCUGCACUAAAGCAACCGUCAUCAACAAUAAAACAACAGCAUGUGCAACAUUAACUUCUGUAUCAAAACCUGAUCACUCUUACAAGCAGCCAGAAACAAAAGACAUCUCUUGUAGUAAUAGUGAGCCUUCAUCAGAAGAUGUCGCUUUAGACAAACAAAAGAACAGUAGAAGGAAACAGAAGAUUACUGUAAGAGAAGAAAUAAAUGAGAACAAUUCUGACCAAAGUGCUCCAUGGCAGAUGGUACAUGUGUCACUUACUGAAGGUAAAAUAAAGAACAAAAAGAAGUAUUUAAACAAAGACUAUGAGAUCAAAGGAAAUGUUAUCAAGAAAGAAAAUAUAAUAAUUUGUGCCCCCAUAAAAAGCGUUGCAAACGUGAGUAAAAAUACAGAAAGCAACAUUACGAAGACAAAUCCAAUGGUGAACAAACUAGUGCAGACAAGGUCCCUUUUUACAUCUACUCUUGAUAGAAAAUUUUCAGGAAAAGAGCUCAUUGCUUCUAGAUUUGAGAGCAACUUAUCAGAAAACAGCAGUUCCCAAAAUAAAAAGCAUAGUGUGGAUAAUGGAAACUCAGAGAAAGCCGAUCUCAGCUCUGAUGCCUUCAAAAGCUUGCAUAAGAGAGGCAAACAGGUGCAAUCAAAAGGGGCUGUAAUCAACAAAGAUAAAAGAACAGAGUCUUUGAAUGAGAAAGGAAGUGGCGAAUACUUGUUUGCCAGCAAAGGACAUGGAGAUGCCAAUAUACCAACGUGUUCUGCAGAUCUUCAUCGCAAAAAGUUACUUGAACAAACAUCUAGGUUCAAUCAGGUAACGUAUAAAACUGGAAAGGCCGUAUCAUGUGAACCCAGCUUUACUCUUCAGUCAUUGCUUGCUAUUACUGCUGCAGGACACGGCCAAACAUCUGCUAAUACUUUUCUUAAGGAGAGAACACUCAGUGAAUUUAGUGGGACUGGCAGUAAAACAAGUGGUAGUCAGGCUUUUGAAGAUUCUGUUUUUUCAAACGAGGACACAUCCGCAUUGACAUUUUCCAAACCCAGAACUAAUCGUAUUCAACAGUCAAUGCAAACAAGUGAAGGUAUAUAUGCAAGAAGUCUAAAUGAUAUGAAGGUAUUUUUGCCAUGUCCACUCACAACUGGUAGACGUAAUAAAAAGAAAUCUCUAAAAAACAAAAUUACAAACAAUGGUGCGAGUGAUAAAAAUCUGACUUUAGAGAAAGCAGUUUUAAGCUUAUUGCCCAAGGAUAUUGCUGCGAAUGUUCGAAAUCAGUUAAAAAUCAGACGCACACAGUCAGGGCCAACAUCUAGUAGGCUGAUGUGUCCAUACUGUCCAAAUCAUGGCCUUGUUAGCCCAAUCAGUUUUAUAAAACACCUGGAAAGACACGCCAAGGGUGACUAUAUCUGUAAAGCAUGCGGUAAGGAAUUCUCUUGCAAAAGGAAUUUGAAUGCCCAUAUGUACAAGACUAGAUUUGGAACAUCAACCAUAAUAGCAUGUGAUCUAUGUGAUUUUCAAGCAAAGUCUAAGUGUAUGUUAAAAAGACAUCAAGACAGAGCUCAUGUAGAACAAUCUUUUCAGUGUCAUAUUUGUGCCAAAACGUUUAAAACAAAGUCCUACUUUACUGUUCAUCUUAGAGAGGCACAUGAAGUCAUAGACACAGAAGUCUACCGGUGUAAUAUCUGUGGAAAAGUAUGCCGCCGUGAAGCGUGGCUUCAACGCCACAUGAAACUACACAAGAAUAAUAUGGAUCUGGAUAACAAGUGUACAAUAUGUAACAAACAAUUCAAAACAAGACAGAAUUUAAUUGCUCAUGGCAAAAUUCACAGGGAAAGGAAAUAUAAAUGCAAGAUAUGUCAAAAAAGAUUUAUUUCAAACGUUAAGUUGGAAAUGCACACAAAAACUCAUACUGGUGAAAAACCAUUUUCUUGUGCUCUCUGUGAAUACAAGAGCAAUCAAAAGGGUAAUAUCGAUAAACAUAUGCAACGACAUGAAAGAGAUGAGCAACGAAAAGCUAGGGAGGAAUCAUUCAAACCCAGAAAACAUUAUGAAUAUUCGAAUACAAGUCGAGAGGUUUCUAGAUCAGACAAAACAGCUUGUGCAGCACUAACUACUCAAGCUGGCAUUCAUUCCCUAGCUCAGUCUACGUCUGUGGCUAGUGUAGAGUGUCUAGUUCUGUCUACGUCCAAGAAUGCUCUUCCAAGCAUGCAUAGAGAUGUACCUUAUAAUCUGCCAAGUACUGUCCCUUCAGUUGAAAGUCAUCAAAUAAACACAGUAAACAGCUAUGCGAUACAUGAGAAUUACAAAGAGUCAGAGUUUAAUCAGUAUCUACAAUCUCUCUCCUUUGAAAACCCUGACGAUGAAGACUGCGAGGAGGAAGAUGGUGAUGAAUAUGGGUCUGAUACAGAGUACACCACAGAUGAUGGUGAUGAUAUGGUGACCACACCUCCUGGAGGCAACAAUCCUUCAUUAAGCUCAUUUGUCUCUGCAACCUCGUUUUCGCCUACCAGCUGUCUGCCAAACAACACAGACAUGGUUUUUGCUGGUCAGGGUGUGGACCAGCCCACCAAGUAUACAGCAGUUCCAUGCUCGAAUGGAGACCUCAGUGGUGUAGUUCCUAACCCAAACAUCGACCAUCUUAGCACCUCCGACAUCAUCAAGCAGUUCGGGCAGCAGGGUGACCUAGAUCUUGAUACUGAGGCGUUGUUGAAUUUCCAGAAAUGUGCACGAAAUGUUGAACAUAUUCUGAAAAACACUCAGUAUGAUAUGAACCAGUUUCAUGAGCAAAAAGCCUUUAGUCCUUAUAGAGUUUCUUCAGAUGUAUCAAAAAAGGACGAUGAUCAACAUAAUUCAUUUCAGAAUGACUGGAAUAUGUACAACACUGCUGGCACCCCAAUUACUGGAGCCAGUGUUGCAGACAAUGUGGACCUGUCUGGUCUGUACCAGGCAGUGCAGGAGUAUGCUGACUAUGCCAACUUAUUUUCCAAUACCAAUGUCACAGACAGCACAUGGAACAUUCAAGCUCCUUACCAAGACUAUUAUGGUGGAUAUUUUGACUAUCAGACCUCAGACAGUUUCACAGCAGAUACCGGUGCCCAAAUGAAUCACACAGUACAAUGUCAACUAAAUACGGCAUACACAAGCCUGCCAACAGACCCUCCAGAGGGUUGCCAUGUUGCUGGCACAGACCCAGAUAUUGGCAAGAUGCUUACAGGAAGUGGCAUCCUAAAUACACCUGAACAAACAUACAUGGACCUUCAGACCAAGUCGUACCAAUCGAGACAAUCAUUGUGAUACUUGCAUUCACAAUCUUGUAUUUUUAACAUGUACGUGCCAUCAGAAGCAUGCCUGUGCCAUAGUUGGGAUUUUUUCUGCUCAUGCAAGAUGAACAAAUAGCACUGCAUGUUUAAAUUUUAUUUAUUUCAAAUUGAAAGACAAUUUCGAACUGAUAAAUGUAAUGUAAGAUAUUUUUUUAAUUUUACCACUAUUGGGAAAACAAAAAAAUUAUAUACAGAUUUUAUUAAUAGUGAAUAGUUCCAGUAGUUAUUUAUUUUAAUAGUUCAUGUGUAAUGAAACUGUGUCAGCGAUUGUUAUUAUAAAAAGGCCGAAAGGCUUAGGGUAAAAAUGGUAGCUGGCAUGCUGUCCAUGCUUGUUUGCCUGAGUCUGCCACUCUCUUAUGUGCUUACCUCCUCCUAAAUUUUUCUGAAUUUACAUCAUUUUUUGUAGAUUAAUUAUCUCUUAGUGCUGCAACUCAUAUACAGUAACUGAGAUAUUUUUAAUCAGUUUUAGCUAUUUUAUUAAAAUACUACAUUUUGCAUUUUAUUUUUGCUAACGUUAACAAAAUAAUCUCCAAGUUAUACAACUCAUAUUUUAAAGGUUUCGUGAUUGAGUUAUUUUUAGAGAUUAAUUGUCAAUUGUUUAAAUUUAAAGCUUUUGUGAACAAAUCCUUCUAAAUUUUGCUUGCGCUUUGUGUGAAACUUUUACAGAAUAAUUAUAUGCAAGUGCUGUUGUGCAUAUUGCAAAGGUUAACGAAUGCGUUAUUUUAGCUCACCUGGGAACAAUGUGCUCAUUAUUAGCUUUUGUGAUCGCCUUUUGUCUGUCAUGCAUUGAGCGGCGUGUGGAGUUAACAUUUGUAUUGAUAAUAUUCUAUUGGUAACAUUUGUUGUCAAAUCUUCAUGAAACUUGCUUGGUCACAAGAUAUGUCCCAAUUAUAUCUUUGAAGAGUUUGAAAAUGGUUCCGGUUGGUUGAAAAACAUAGCCGCCAGGGGGGGGGGGCAUUUAUCCUUAUAUGGCUUAAGUAAAACCUCUUAACACUCUAGAGGCCACAUGCUUUGUAUUUUAUGAAACUUUGGGGGGGGGGGGGUAUUAUCGAUAUAUGGGUGAAGUGAAACCUUAUGAACACUUUAUGAAACUUGGUCAGAAUAUUUGCCUCAAUGAUAUCUUCGAUGAGUUCAAAUUUGUUACAGUUGGUUGGAAUACCUGGCCACAAGUGGGCGGGUGAUUUUUCCAUGGCUAUUCAACAACCUUGUAAACACUCACAUUUAUAGUUCACUCUUCAUGAAACUUGCUCAGAACAUUUGUUCUUAUGAUAUCUUAUUGGGCUGCACAGAACAGGUCAGUUCAUUGGUAUCUCGGGUGAGCCACUUUGUGCCUUUCAGGCCCUCGUGUUUAAAGAGUUGCUCCCCUUUUAAAAUUACAUACAUUUGUAUAAUUAUUACGGUACCUUUUCUACAACAACGCAGCCUAUGCGGGGAUACACUGUCUAUAGCAGCUUCUUGUUUAUUGAGUUAUUGUUCAAUAUUCUGAAACAGUUAGACCAUGUUAUUGUAUGUUAUAAAAAGAUACAAAAUA